AUGGAUACCUGCAACGAACAACUACCCAUCCAUGGCGAUGUACUGGAGGCCGUUCUCUCCCACUUGCCACUCAUCCGCUUACUUCCGGCAUCCCGAGUGUCAAAAUCAUGGAAUGCCGCCGUGUCGUCAGCACUUCUCGUCUCCAACAACACCAAGCCAUGGCUGAUCAUACACACUCAGAAUUCCAGGCAUCCGUACCCGACAACCACACACGCCUACGACCCGGCGUCAAACGUCUGGAUCCAGAUUCUUCACCCGCCCAUCCAUUACGUCUCCACACUCCGAUCAUCUCAAUCCAAUCUUCUCUACAUGUUGUCGCAAUCGAAGCUGUCGUUGUCUUUUGAUCCACUCCACCUGACGUGGCACCACGCGGCGGGGCCGAAGGUCUCAAGGAUAGAUCCGGUUGUGGCCGUCGUUGGCGGACAUGUGGUGGUUGCCGGCGGUGCAUACGAUUUUGAGGACGAUCCUCUCGCUGUGGAGGUUUAUGAUCUCCGAUCACAACGAUGGACCAAAUCGGAUCCAAUGCCUGAAUCUUUCAACCAAUCCGCCUCUUCAUUGUGGCUCUCUGUUGCUUCCGGCGACUCUCAUCUCUUCGUUAUGGAGAAAAGCUCCGGUGUAACUCACUCGUUCAAUCCAAAUAACGAUACGUGGUCUGGACCGUACGAUAUGCGUCCUGAUGACCGCGUUUUUUACUCGGUGAUCGGAUUUUCCGACGACAAACUGGUUGUGAUUGGGAUGUUAGGUGAUGCUGAGGAUGUUGACGGUAUUAAGCUGUGGGAAGUGAACUGUGAGUCAUUCGAAUUUGAAGAAAUCGGGGAGAUGCCGGCGAGUUUGGUUGAGAAUUUGAAGAGCCAAAAUUUGCAGAUUUCCUCCAUCGAUGUGUCAAUGGGGGGAAACAUGGCGUAUAUAUACAUCUCUUCGCGACCUGAAGAGGUGAUCGUUUGUGAGUUUAUCGAUGGCGGUGGAUGUAGGUGGUGUAGCGUGGUGAAUACGGUGGCGAAUGGCUGGAGUGUAAUGGAUAAAUUAGCUUUUACAUGCUCGAAGGUGGGGAUGGAGGAGCUGCAACGAGCAACGCGGUCGGAGAGUCGGAGGUUCGUGGUGAAACGGUGAGUCUAGUUUGACUGAGUUGACUCGCUGGGAAAUCGUUUACGUGGGGUUUAUCCGUCCAGGACUCCAUCAAAUAUCUUUGGAUUUACGUUACGAGAUUGAGAAGUUAAAGUUGGGCUAAAUCAAUCAUCAAUAAUCUUGGGCUUUGGCCCAUCUUAGAUUUGAGCAAUUUGAAAUAAAGAAACUUGUGGCCCAUCUAUUAACCUCUCAUGACCAUUCAGUUAUCCAUCCAAUUAGUUUAUUUUCAAUUUGCUUAACAUGGAAUUUGUUUUGUGUUGGCUUUUGAAUUUUUAACCUUGCUUGUGUUGGUUUUAACACAUGAAAAAUGAUUUAAUCGAUU